AUGAAAUUAUACAUAUAUAUCAUAGUUUUUGUUCAUAUUGAUUUGGUUUUUGGAAUUCGUUGUUAUUCAUGUAUUGGUGAAAUACAUAAUAAACAAAAACCCGUUGAUCCAUGUUUAAAUCCAGCAGAAAAUGUAGGCGAUGGUAACGUCAAUGAAAUCGAAUGUUUAAAUACAAAACUUUGUUGGAAAGGAAUAACAGCUGGGAAAUUAAGACGUGGUUGUGGAGAAAAAAGAUGUGCUUUUAUACCUGAUAUAAGUAUGGGUUCAUUUAUUAGUCAAACAUGUUGUUCAAAUGAUCUAUGUAAUCGAACAUCUUCAAUAAUAUUAUCUAAAUCGCUUGUCUAUUUUAUUAUUUUUUUAAUAUUUUUUUAUCAAUUAUUUUAUUAA